CUGGUGUUUCCAAAAUGGAAGAGCAAGCACUUGUCGCACUGCUGGUCAUUUCCUCACUUAUAGUAUUAGCAGAAAAUACUGAUCACAAGAAUGCCAUUGAAAUCUACAGCCUGCAUGUGGAAUCUACGGUUACAUCUCGAUUUGCUCAUACAGUUAUCACCAGCAGACUUGUCAACAAGGUUAAUGAAUCCCAGGAGGCUGUUUUUGAAGUGGAAUUACCUAAGACAGCUUUCAUCACUAACUUCAGCAUGUCAAUUGAUGGAGAAACAUAUCCAGGAACAAUAAAGGAGAAAGCAUCUGCACAAGAGCAAUAUGACAUUGCGGUUUCACAUGGUCAAAGUGCCGGCCUUGUCAAAACCACUGGAAGGAAACUAGAGCAGUUUCAUGUUUCAGUCAACGUUGCAUCAGACAGUAAGGUUACCUUUGAGCUGAUAUAUGAGGAGUUGUUGAAGCGACAGCUGGGGAGGUAUGAAUUGUUAUUUAAGGUCAGACCCAAGCAGCUUGUUAAACACUUUCAGAUUGAUGUCCACAUCUUUGAACCCCAGGGUAUAAACUUCCUGGAAACUGACAGCACCUUUAUGACAAAUGAGUUAACUGAAGCUCUUACAAAGGUGCAGAAUGAGACCAAGGCUCAUAUUUUAUUUAAACCAACAAUAGUUCAACAAAAGAAGAGUCCUGAACUUGAGGAAACUCUCCUAGAUGGAGACUUUAUCAUACGUUACGAUGUUAAAAGGAGUGUCAGUGCAGGAGAUAUACAGAUCGUAAAUGGGUAUUUCGUGCAUUACUUUGCACCUAGUGAAAUGCCAACAUUUCCCAAAAAUGUCAUCUUUGUUGUAGAUCAAAGUGGCUCUAUGUCAGGCAGAAAAAUUGAACAGACAAGAGAUGCCCUCCUGAAGAUUUUGGAAGACCUCAGACCUGAAGAUCAUUUUAGUUUAAUAACCUUUAAUAGCCUGGUUACUGAAUGGAAGAAUACUUUGUUACAAGCAACUGGACAAAAUGUGGAAAGUGCUAAAAGAUAUGUUAAAACUGUUAUGGCUCGUGGAGGAACAGAUAUCAACAAUGCCCUACUGACUGCAGCAAAUACGCUGGAUAAGGCCAACUAUGCUGAGAUAUUGCAAGCACACAGCAUUUCCAUGAUAAUUUUGCUGACAGAUGGUCAACCCACUGUUGGUGUUCAAGAUGUUGAAAUAAUUCAACAAAAUAUACAGAAGGCUAUCAAAGGAAAAUAUGUCCUCUAUUGCCUUGGCUUUGGUUUUGAUGUCAGUUACAAGUUCCUUGAGAAGAUGGCCCUAGAUAAUGGAGGAAUAGCUCGUCGUAUAUACGAGGACUCUGAUUCAGAUUUGCAGCUCCAGAGCUUUUAUCAAGAAGUGGCUACUCCCAUAUUAAAGGAUAUUGAAAUACAGUAUGCAGAAAAUUCCAUCCUGGAAUUAACUCAGAACAGUUUCAAACUGUUUUUUGAUGGUUCUGAAAUUGUGGUAGCUGGAAGAAUUGACAAUGAACUUGAUGUUUUGCCAGUGGAAAUUCAAGCUCAGUCACAUACUAGUAACCUGAUUUUUAAGGAGGAAGCAAAUGUAAGAGAAAAGGAGAAAGUAUUUCAACAUCAGAAGUACAUUUUUGGAAAUUUCAUUGAGAGAUUGUGGGCUUACUUAACCAUUCAACAGCUGCUAGAAAAAUCUAUUUCAGCUCAAGAGGAACAGCAGAAAAACCUGCAGGUGGCUCGAGCUUUGGAGCUAUCUAUGAAGUACAGUUUUGUUACACCUCUCACUUCCAUGGUGGUCACCAAACCUGAUGAUCAACAGAAACUCCAGCUGGCAAACAAACCAGCUGAAUCUGAUAAUGAGAAGUCAAGAUUUACUGGAUUUUCAGGUAACAAACUCUCAAAAAGCCAUAUAGCGAAAUCCUUAAGUUUCAGAAGGCUUCAUGAUGAGAGUAUGUAUUACAUUCAGAGAGUACCGAAAACUGGUCAAAGAGCUAUACUGUUAGACGUGACAGAACAAUCACCAGACAUUUUCAGGACUGUUCAAACAACCCCACAGCUUCUUACCAACGAAUACCCACAUUUCCUCUUUCAACUGCCCAGACAAAAUGAUGUCAUUUGUUUAAAUAUUGAUGGUCAGCCACAAGCUUACAUAAACCUAAUAUCAGAUCCUGCCAAAGGAAUCUCUGUGACUGGUAAGCUUGGGAGAAAUAGAAAUCACUUUGUGCUGUUUGAAAUUAUCAACCUGGAUCCUCAUGUGCAACUCCAUGUAUCAAAGGAAGGCACUGUGCUGAGCUAUGGCGGUCAUACCACCAAACUCCCAUGGAAAAAGUCUGCUUCCUCUACAAUCCAGGGGCUGAAGAUUGCAGUUGAAAAGGAAAGAAGUCUUACAAUGUCAGCAUCUGACAACAUCACAAUAAAAAUUGCUUUUGUAAAGUCUCCAAAUCGUUUCCUUGGAUUAUAUUUCAUGGACACUGACCAUUUUUCUGACAAAGCCAGUGGACUUCUUGGUCAGUUUUAUUUUGAUACACAUUUGGAAAGUAACCCUGGAGCAAGUCAGGGAGAGGAUGAAAGAGUCCUCAGUGUUCAUGGACAAAAGCAUAGAGUUACCAGAAAAUACAAGAAAGAUUACAGGCUAGAGUCCGCCACUGGUACUAUUUCCUGCUGGUCAUUACAUAUAACUCCCUAAAGAAAAACACUUGGGGGAAAGGAAACAGUAAAAUGAUGAUGUUUCAGACACUUCUGACUUAAUUUCACUUAUACAUAAUAAUCUUUCAGCUUUGCUUGCUAAUAUAUAUAUAUAUGUCAAAAAUAAUGUUACCUCUGAAAUAUUGUAAUUAUACUUAAUAAUUGGGAACUUGGAGUUUGCUUUUUAUGUAAUUUUAAAGGAUUUAUAGUAUAUUUGGUUAUAAGAUGUAUUGAAAAUGUAUGUAAAGAAUAAAGAAUAAAACAGUGCAACAGUGGACAAAAGAAGACAUGCUAUAUGAUGAACAGUUUCAGAUUUGGGAGUAAUAAUGAAGAACAGUUACACCAGCUAAUCAAAUGUGUUUGAAAACAAGAGUUCAGUAGCACUGAGAAGGGAUGAUAGUGUUGUACUAGAGUUGCAAUACAAGGAAUACACUAAUAAUGGUUUUCUAAAAUGUAUGUUCAUGCUUUUAUUUUUGCUUAUAAUUCAUACUGUUGUCUCAUUACUAAGUGCUUCCUGGCACAUGAACUAAGUAUAAGAGUAGUAUUGCCUUUACCAGUUCUCUCGUAUUGACUGAACUGUGGAAGAAAUACAAAGCUUUGCUGAAUUUC